AUGGACACCUGCGACUUGGAAAUUCUUGAUAUUCAUUCAAAUUCACGUCAUGUGGAAGAUUAUUUGGAGUGUUUUGAGAUUUGGUGUCUCACCCGCAAGAGUUUGGAUGCCGAGAGGAAGACGGCACAUUUUCUCUCAGCUGUUGGAAAGGAAGCUCAUGCACUGAUUAAAAAUUUUGCACUUCCAGAGUCCCCUGCACAACUGCAGUAUGAAGAACUGAAGGAUCUGCUACUAAAGCAUUUCCAGCCAGUCAACUUCGAGGCAGCUGAGCGAGCGAAAUUCCAUUGCCUUGCUCGUGAUCCUAAUCAGUCCGUCCGAGACUUNGCAUCAGACCCAGCUCCGUGA